UUUCGAACACGACGAUGACUACGACGAAAAUCACAAGGUUGACAUUGCUACUACUGUUCGCCUCAUCAGUGGCAGCCCAAGAAGCAAAAGGAUAUGGUGUUAUUCAGGGUAUCAACUGUUAUGGCAAAGAAUAUGUCUGCGUUGGCCCAUUAAACUUCAAGCAUUGUGAAUGGGAUGCUCAAGGAAAUACCUAUGCUUCGGGUAGCGUGAUACAGUGUCCCCCUAACCACCGUUGCGUGAACGAUGGAGUAGAAAUUUGUAUACCGCUUAAAUUAUCAACAACAGCACCUCAAGCAGCGCGCCUAAUCACCUCAGAGCAAAUACCCGUCAACUCAAUAUCAACUGAAGCUCCCGUAAAAAUUGAAGAAUUAAAAUGGGAAUCCACGUCUGCUAUACCGGAUACCACAACAGAUAUAGUAGUAAAUAAAGAGCCAUCAAGUAUUCCUGUUGACACAACUACUGUCGCAGAUGGUUCAAUAUGGACCACGUUUUUAACAGAGAAUCCGAACUCUUAUAAUACACUCGAGCCGAAAUCAGCUGAUCCCAAUUUUCAGUUUGCUACUAGUGCACCCCUUGAGACAACAACGGAUGCUAUUUUAGAAACUACGUCACUUCAAUACGAAACAACUACUACCUCGGAUACUUAUGUGACAUUAACUCCAAUUACAUCGGAUGAUUCCAGUGUACCAGUAAACUCCAAUAAUGUCUUGGAGACCGGAUCAAAAAUAGAUGACACGCAUAUAGCUUUUCUUACAAUAACUCCGGAAAAUCAAGCUUAUGACACAACCACCUUUAUAAACUUUUCCGCUAAUCCCAAUUCACCAGAGAAUUCUUAUUUGUUAACUAACUCAAAUAUUUCUGAGAAUCAUGAUUCUACAAUGUCUACAGUUGAACUUUCAGAUUCGACAACAGAGAUAUAUCAUGAAACUACAGUAACUGCAAAUUUGGAGAACUAUGUGGAAUUUGAAACUGAAGCGCCAAUAGAUGCGAGUCCCUCAAUAUCUCCAGAGAGCUCAACUGUUACAACACAGCUAAUUUCACUUGACUCCAACACACCAGUUGAUCCGAGCGAGUCAAAUCUGAAGGAUAAAACUCCAGUCGAUCCCAAAACAGCAUCCGAUCCCAGCGCACUGCCAAGUCAAAGCUUACCGGUUGAACAAAACGCCCCAGUAAAUCCUAAAAUUUCGAUUAACUUAAGCGCUUCAUCUGAUCCCAGCGUAGCAGAAAGUCCGAGUUUACCAGAUCAGCACAACUUGCCAGUAGGCUCCAACACGUUAGUCAAAUUAAGUUCAACAAAUCUUAAUACAGCAAAAAUUCCCGUGGAUGAAACCAAUUCAAUCAUUCCAAGUGAUCCAUCUUCUCCAUCUGAUAAUAACAAACCAGCAAGUUCAAGUUUACCAGUUAACUCUAACAUCCCAAACGAAUUAAGUGCGCCAACUGAUCCUACCACAACAACCAUUCCUAUUGAAGAAUCCAAUACCAUCGUUCCAAGUGCUUCAUCUGAACCCAACACAUCAACAAGUUCAAGUUUACCAGAAAACUCUAACAUCCCAAUUGAAUUAACUGCGUCAACUGAUGUUACUACAACAGCUAUUCCUGUGGAAGAAUCUAAUUCAAUCGUUUUAAUGGCUCCAUCUGAUAACACACCAGCAAAUUCAAGUUUACCAGAGAACUCCAACAUUCCAACCAAAAUAAGUGGGUCGACAGAUCUUAAUACAGCAAAUAUUCCAGUUGAUAAAACCAAUUCAAUCGUUCCAAGUGCUCCAUCUGAUAACACACCAGCAAGUUCAAGUUUACCAGAAAACUCUAACAUCCCGACCGAUUCAAUCGUUCCAAGUGCUCCAUUUUCUCCAUCCGAUAAUAGCAGACCACCAAGUUCAAGUUUAGCAGAGAACUCUAACAUCCCAAACGAAUUAAGUACGCCAACUAAUCCUACUACAACAACCAUUUCUGUGGAAGAACCCAAUACCGUCGUUCCAAGUGCUCCAACUGAACCCAGCACAUCAAUAAGUUCAAAUUUACCAGUGAACUCUAACAUCCCAAUCGAAUUAAACGGGUCAACCGAUCUUAAUACAGCAAAUAUUCCGGUGGAUAAAACCGAUUCUAUCGUUCCAAUUGUUCCAUCUGAUAACACACCAGUAAGUUCAAGUUUACCAGUGAACUCUAACAUCCCAAUGGAAUUAGGUGGAUCAACAGGUCUUAAUACAACAAAUAUUCCGGUGGAUAGAACCCAUUCCGUCGAUCCAAGUGCUCCAUCAAAUAACACACCAUCAGGUUCAAGUUUACCAGUAAACUCUAACAUCCCAAUCGAAUUAGACGGAUCAACAGGUCUUAAUACAGCAAAUAUUCCAGUGGAUAGAACCCAUUCCGUCGAUCCAAGUGCUCCAUCAAAUAACACACCAGCAAGUUCAAAUUUACCAGUGAACUCUAACAUCCCAAUCGAAUUAGGUGGAUCAACAGAUCUUAAUACAGCAAAUAUUCCGGUGGAUAAAACUAAUUCCAUCGUUCCUAGUGCUCCAUCUGAUAACACACCAGCAGUCUCAAGUUUACCAGUAAACUUUAACAUCCAAAUCGAAUUAGGUGGAUCAACAGAUCUUAAUACAGCAAAUAUUCCGGUGGAUAAAACCAAUUCAAUCGUUCUAAAUGCUUCAUCUGGUAACACACCAGCAAGUUCAAAUUUACCAGUGAACUCUAACAUCUCAAUCGAAUUAAGUGGGUCAACUGGUUAUAACUCAGUUAGCAUUGCGAAUCCUAGCUUACCAGUUGAGCGUGACUCUUCCUUAGGCGAUGCAAAUCAAAUUGACUCACGGGAUUCUAUUAAUAAGAAUGAAACAAGCCUUUCAGUUGAUCUUAGUGUCCCUAAAACCCCAAGUAACCCAAUCGGUUCAGGUGCUUCAACUAACUUGCCGGUUGAUGAAAUAACAAUUGUUCAAAACAAACCUUUAGAAAAUAACUCGCCGUCAAGGAAUCAGCCAGCUGAACUAAAGGCACCUUCAGAUCCCAAGAUUAUAAGUCCAAUCAGUCACAUUACUUCAACAAAUCUUAAUCAUGUGAGACCAAAUUUAUCAGUUAAUCCAAACACGAUAAUUAAAUCCAAUGGACACCAACCAAAUGGCAUUAAUGUUCCAACCGAUUUUAGUCCUUCAGCGGAGCCAAACACACCUUCUGACCACACAUUACCAAUUCAUUCGAGUAUUUUACGCACUGUCUUUACAAAAUUGUACCUGCACUCUCGUAAUAAAGGAAGCAACGCUAAUGGAGGAGCAGAUAAUGGUUUCCUACUUUUACCAAGGCAAACUGUUGCAUCUAGCUUUUCAGACUUGUCCAAAAAGUCUAUCCCUCAGGAACCUGUAAAAAUAGAGUCGAGUGAAAUUAACUCUUCUAAAUCUGGUAUUAAAGAUGAGGACUCGAUUGAAGUAAAAUCAAAGGAAAAUAGUAAAAAGUCGAAGAGGCCAAAGAAUUCCAGGGAUAAUAAGCAAAAUCAAGAAACAGAAGAAGGAGAAUCAGUUGAAGUUUAUGUUGCUGAAAAAAGCCAAAACAAGGAUACCUCUUUAGAAAACAAAUCUGGAGCAAAUAGUAAAGAAUCCAAGGAUAAUAAGGAUUUGGAAGAGAAAAAAUUUAAAGUUGAACGCAAGCCUGAUGACGAAGACGACGAAAGUUCAUCAAGUGAGCAGAAGGAAAUAAUUAAGAAAAUCGUAAAGAAACUGAAAGAUAGCAAAUGUGACGAAGAUGAUAUUUACCCAGACCCUAAAGAUUGCAAAAAAUUCUACCGAUGCGUGAAAAAGGAUCACAAGACCAGGAUAACUCAUCUACGCUGUGAAAGUGGUGAUCGUUUUGACUCAGACAAACUUAAAUGUGUAGACAAACGGAAGGCCAAAUGCUUAUCUAAAGAAGAUUUUAUAGAAGAGUUCGCUUGAAUCACGUAAUAGAAGCCAUCGUCAACAUUGUCAACAUUUCAAAGAUAGUCGGAAAUUGAUUAAUUAUUAUCCAAUAGAUUAUGUACACGUAAUAUAUUUUCGAAAACUUAACCCUGUAACACUAGUGAUAGUUUCCAAAUGAGGAUCGAUUAAAAAUAUUCAACUGUAAUUACAAA